GACACGCUUUCGCAUCGACUCCAUCGGCACGAGAGUCCCGUACUGUCGGCGCCCAUACCUAUCAUUCACUCGUCCGAUACGAUGCUUGUGGUCGACAAACCGCCCUCUAUUCCCAUCCAUCCGUGCGGUAAAUACCGACACAACACACUUCAACACGUGUUGGCCAAAGAGCACAAAAUUACGGAUCUCUACACGAUUCAUCGUUUGGAUCGAUUGACUUCUGGAGUAUUGAUGUUCGCGCGAACGGCGGCCACCGCUCAGAAACUGCACGAACAGAUUCGUAAACACGAACUCGAAAAGCAAUACGUGUGUCGAGUUGUCGGCAAAUUUCCCGAUGGUGUCAUAACCUGCGAACAGCCCAUCGAAACACUAUCGCAUAAAAUCGGCAUUAAUGUGAUUGACCCGAAAGGCAAGCCCUGCACCACAACCUUCGAGAGACUCAACUAUAACGGGAAGAGUAGUACAGUGUUAUGUAGACCUAAAACGGGACGAAUGCAUCAAAUUCGGGUUCACCUCCAAUACUUGGGUCAUCCCAUACUUAACGACACUUUCUAUAAUAACGACGCCUUCGGUCUCAAGAGAGGCAAAGAUGGCGAUUACGGCAAAACCAAAGACGAGGUGAUCCAAGACAUCGAGAAACAACACCAAAGAAUGCUUUAUCUCUUAUCAAAUGUGACGGAAUUGUCGGCCGAAGAGCGAGAACUGGACGAUAAGGAGCGAGAGAUCGCUUUAAAAGCGUUACAUCACUACACGAAUAGAGAGGAAUGGCAUUCGUUGGUCGAAAAGUAUAAAUUGGAUACAAAUGCGUUGAUAAUAGACAUCAGUUGUGAAGAAUGUACAAACAAGACAAUUGAUCCCAACCCUAAAGAUCUCCUAAUCUAUUUGCACGCACUUUGUUAUAAAGGCGAAGGUUUUGAAUACAAGACAGCGCUUCCAGUCUGGGCUUUGGAUGAUUGGGAUUAUGACUGA